UGACGCCGUCCAGCCGUUGUCAGGUGGGCUGGCCUGGCUCCUGCUAGAUCCGCGCUGGAGGUGGGAUACUGGUGUGUUUUGUAUAUUUUGGAAAAAACUCUGCUGAAGAUCCUAAAGAAAGGGUAGUUCUUUUACCAACAAACCAGAAGGAAAUAACUUUCCACCUACUUAGGAUUGGAAGACCAGCUCAUUCUUAGCACCUUCUGAAACAAAAUUAGAAUGGAUUGGGGAGAUGAAUAUUCCCAUAAUUCCUUUGACCUACAUUGUUUGUUAAAUUCAUUUCCUGGAGACUUGGAGUUUAAGCAGAUCUUCAGUGAUAUUGAUGAAAAGAUAGAACAAAAUGCUGCAAGCAUAGAACAUUGCAUUAAAGAAAUACAGUCCGAAGUCAACAAACAAUGUCCAGAUGUGCAGUUGCAGACAACAACUGACUGUUUUGAAUGGUUAAAUAACUAUAAUUAUAAUUCAUCCAAGUCACCUUCUAUUCCCCAUGGAGAUUUGAUAAAAUUUCUCAAAACACUGCAAGAUUUGUUGAAGAAUGAACAAAAUCAAGAAGAAAUGAUAUUGGAUUUACUUUGGGACCUCUCCUGGCAGAGCAGCAUUUCAUUUCCAUCAACUCUAAGUUGGACAUCUUUCCACUUCCUCUCUAGGACUUCUCUUCAUUCUGUUGAAGAUCAUUCCUCUAUGGAUGUAAAGUCUGUAUGGGAUGAUAUCAGAUUACAUCUUCGACGCUUCUUAGUGGGCAAAUUACAAAGCCAUAAUGAAAUAAACAAUUUGCAGCAGAAAAUUCUGUUGAAAAAUCAGUGCAUACAACAACUCUUGUUUCUUUAUCCAGAAUCAGAAGUUAUAGUCAAGUAUCAAAAUAUACAGAAUAAACUUCUGCAGAACUGCUUUCCUUCUUAUAGCAGGGAAUCAAAUUUAGAUGUAAUGGUUCAUGGAUACCAAAGUACAAUGCUUAGGUUAUACUCAAUGAUAGAAGAGGAUUUUAACACACUGCAUGAAAUUUUAGCUCCAUCCUCAACAGUGAAAUUCAUUAAAGAAACCUACCUGGAUACUGUUACAGAAGAAAUGUCAAAAUUUCUUGCAAAUUUUUGUGAGCUGCAGUUCAAAGAAAGUGCUGCCCGAGUGACUAAAACAAGCAAGAGUUCCAGCAGGCAUAGAGGAGCAGUGCAUGCUUUGGUUACUCCUGAAGGCCCACAGAAAGGACAAAAUUUUUUUAUUUCCUUAGAUGAGCUUGAAUUCUUAUCACAGCUUAUAAAAUCCUUUUUGAAGCUGGAAAAAAAUGUUCAAGAAUUGUUUGAAGAAAUUUUUUUAUCACUCAAGAUACCAAGGAACAAUAAAUCAGGAAUUUUGGUCACAUCCAAUAGAGAGACUAUAAUAGAGAAACCUAGAGCAAAUGAAGCCAAUAUUUCUUCAGAGCAAUUACUACUAGGAAAAGAGACUACUCUACUAGAUUUUGACUGGAGAAGUGCAUUUAAAGAAGUGUCUCUUCCCAUGGCACACUGUAUAACGACAGCAAUAGAAGAUUUUUCCAUAAAAAUUCUCCAACAGGAGCACAAUGAAAGGUCUUCAGCUGUGACCUAUGCUAUGAACCUUAUAAAUGUCCAACAAGUUUGGCAAGACAGCUGUGUGGCCCCUGAGGAGGACCAACCAAAGAAAAUUGCAAAGUUUUGUUCUGACAUCAUGGAAAAACUUGACACAAUGCUUCCACUGGCUCUGGCAUGCAGCGAUGAUUCUUUCCAGGAAAUUAGAGCACACUUUGUGGAGGCCUGUUGUAAAGUGGCAACAGCUGUCCUGGCGAGACUGCAAGAGAGAAGCCAGGAGUUUCCCUCCCAAGCUCCCCUGGAAAACCUGCACACCGUGCUCUCCACAGCGGUGUAUGUCUCCCAGCAUUUUACUCGAUAUGAUAAUUUGAUGAAAGAAAAUACUAACAAACCCAUAUUCCUGGUGCCUGUCCAGCGAUAUCAGGAAUUCAUCAACACUCUCCAGUUUCAGGUUACGGACUACUGCGUCAGAGUUUGUGCUACAAGCAUUUUACAGGACGCUGAGAGCCACCACUGGGAUGACUACAAAGCUUUUUAUGAGGGGGAAAGAUGCUCCUUCUCACUCCAGAUGUGGCAUUAUUUCUUCUGGGCUCUUCAUCAUGAUCUCUGGACCAUUCUACCCCCGAAGUUAGCCCAGAAGAUUCUAACAGAAGUUCUGGAGAAGUCUUUGGGUCUACUGGCCUCCAGAUAUGCUCGGGCCUGUCCCAGUUACAAGAGAACUCCGCAGAUAAGACUUGAUGUCACAACAAUUUUAAUAUGCACUGAGAACAUGUUAUGGUCAGUUUGCACAUCUGUACAGAAACUUUUGAAUCCUCAUGAAUAUAUAGAUGAUAAAAUUUUUAAAAUUUAUACCCAUUGUAAUAAUCUGUUGACAACAUUAGUCAUUUUGACUUCACCAUUAACUGACUUAUAUCAGGCCUUUCAGCAUGACAUAGGUGAUUCUGCUUCAGAUUCCUUAAAACCACUUUUUAAGCAACCAUUACAUUGGCUUUCUUGCAUAUCGCAUUUCCAUCCUUCUUCACUCAGGACUCCAUCAGCUGGACAACUGACAACUGAGGGUCAAUUGAAACUGCUGUUAGCCCAGCCAGGUUGUAAUUGGAACCUGCUUCUGGAAACUCUACUGCAUCAGGAUGGUUUUUUGCUGAAAAUCUUGCUGAAGAGCUCAAAACACACCUUUCAAGAACAAGGUCCUGAUACAGAAAAUACUGUGAAGCAAGUACCCACGUUGGUGGAAGCCAUCUUUAAAAUACUAUAUUAUUGCAAUUUUUCUCCACAAACAUUUGGGAAUGUUUUUGUGAGCUACAUGGAAGAAGAACAAUUAUGGGACUUUUUAUAUAACAUCCCAGUCUCAACGUGCAUGGAGUCUGAGCGAGAGGUCAUCCGAUGCUUGAGAUUGGCACUGACCGAUGCUGUCAAGGAUAUUAUACAGCAGAUCACAUCUGUGAUGAGCUCUAGGAGAAACUUCGAGACAAACCUAAACAAGCAUAGUGUUCCUGAACGUCUGUGUGACAGCAUUCCAAAAGAAUGGAAUUAUAUUCCAAAAGAAACCAAAAGGAAAGAAUCAAGCAAAGGCUUCACAAGGCUUGCUGCUCAGGCAGUAUCUAUUGUAAUCAGCAAGUUACCUACGGUGAUUGCAUGUUUGCCUCCCCCAAUUAAAUACUUCUUUUUUCUGUCUGAGAGAAAAAUGUCAGAAAACUUUGUUGACUUGAAGAAAGCUAGCCUGCUUGUCUGGAACUUGAUUGUAAUUAUAUGUCGGAUAUUUGAGGAUGGAAACACUGUGGAACUUUUAACAGGUGCUUCCCUUGACAGAUGGAGUAAAGAGAAACUCAGUUUAAUCUGUGUGUGUUUGAAAGGCAUCAUGGGAGAGCAGACAAGUAGCCCUAAUCAAAUGACCCAAAAGGUCAUACAGAGCAUUGAGCAGCAAAAACCCAACUGGAUUAAAUGCCAAUUGCUGAAAGCCAGGAAAUUGAGCACCGAACGGGCAUUUAUGACAAUAGAGAGAAGUACAGCCUUAGAAGAAGGAGAUAUUGCUCUUGAACUGACUGAGCAGAAAAUAAACAUGAUGGUCCUGGAUAUCUGCCACAAACCAGGUGGCAGCGAGUACCUGAGGCAAAUUUAUCACAUCAUGCGGCUCAAUGAGGAGUAUUUAAAAGAACAGCUGUUUUCUAUGAAUGGUUCAGAGGAAAAGCCAUUACCCAUCCGACCUUUAAAAACAACCUUGAGGAGUGUGGAAGAUCAGCCUUCUGCCUUUAACCCUUUCCAUGUGUACAAGGCGUUCAGUGAAAACAUGCUAGAUCAGUCAGCCAUCACAAAAUGGAACUGGAAUUGGUCAAACUUGCUGCCAAAUUACCUGGGACUGGAUAAGAUGACCUUCAGUGUACUGCUCAGAAACAGGUGGGAAAUGAGAAAGGAUGAAAAACUAGAAGAGGAAGAAAAAGUAAUGUUGGAACAUUUAAAACGAAUUUGCAACAUCCAGAACUCUUCUGCCUCAGAUACCAAGGAAGAAGAGUAAUCUGCAGAAAACAGCAACAGCUUUAUUUUAGGAAAUAAUCACAUAUAAUGGAGUAGGAUUUUUACUACAGUCAGGAUGAACCUCAGAUGUGCUGUGAAGCAUGAAACCAAUGACUGAGUAAUCUCAGAACUGAAAAGGAAUAUAGCUCAUAAAGAAUAAAUUGCUCCACAUUUUUUAUUUUAAAAAUAAUUUCAAAUGUUUUUCUUUCCUCAAUCUUUCUCUUUAGAUGAUAAUAACUGCUGCCAUCUCGUGUUCCCUUUGAAUUAUUUUUUUCUUUUUUCAGUCUUGAAGUAUCUAUGACAACAGACAAAAUGUUUGAAAAUCCUUCCCCUAAAGAUUUUUAAAUACAAUAUUUGGAUGUUAAGUUGUAUGGCGUCACAUGGGCCUCUGAGAGUCAUCUGAAAAUUUCAAUCUAAUUUUGUAGUUGUAUUCCAAAUCCAGGUCUUACCAGACUUCUUUCUCAUAGCCUCUUCCUCAUCCAGUGUAUCUUAAUCAUAGCCACAAAAAGCACUCUCCUGAAGUAUAGCUUUAUUCACAUCUCUGCAUAUAGUGACUUUUUAAAUAUCAGUUCCAAUCACAUGCUUUCAGAUCCUAUACCCAAUAGCUCCAUGUUCAGGCAACUGCCAGCCAUCUUCUCCUUACACACACUAAGGAAACAGAAUGUGUUCUAGCACUCUAUAUGCCAGGUAAAGUUAUACACACCAUAACCUUCCUAUCACUGCCUGAUAUUAGAUUCUAAAAACUAUAAAGGCCUUACAGUAUAACAUGAAGUCUCCUUUUAUACAAUAGUCUCCCCAAAUACCUACUACAAAGUCAUUCACCUAGUUGACAGUUAAUAAACACAGUUGUUUUAAAGACGGCUAUUGAAUGAAGACAUUUAGACUAUUGAGCAAUCUAUAGGCCAUCUGGGAGAAGCUUUAUAUCACAAACUAUUUUAGACCAUAUGACAUUGAAUAUUAUGUUUUUUGAUGUUCUUACAUUUCUGUAAUUUUUACAAAAUAUAUGUAGGCAUUUCUCUAUGCCUCCCUUUUCAAAGAAGUAUAGCAAGAGGAGAAUGGGAUGAGUUGGAAGGAGAGGAAAAUAGAAAAGAGAGAAGAGCUGGCAGUUGAAUUCUCUUCUAUACUUGCUCAGUGAAAUUACUGUAGUCAUAAGUGCAAUAAAAUUUAUAACUAGAAAUGUUAAAUUACAAGUUACUAAUUUAUCAGAUCAUUUUGACUCCAUACUUGAUAGGUUUCUUAAAGUAUGAUAAGAAGUGGUAUUUCAAAAACAGUUUCUCACAAUAAUUUUGCAUUUGUAUGUGUUAACAACAGAAAUAAAUACUUCGUAACUCACCAUAUGCUUACUACAAAAAUAUUAUCUCCCUGUGAAAUAUUAUCUUCCUCACUAUUCUUCUUAACUGUAUUUUUGUAAUUAUAAAGAGGUAUUUAUUUUAUUAUUGGUUUAGCAAUUACUAUGAAUGAAUUAAUAAUUAAACAGUAUGAAUUAAUUUUUAAUAAAAUGUAGAUGGAAAUGUAUGUUUCAGAUUUAACACUGUUAUAGAACUACCAAACAAGAAAUAGGAAAAACUAUUUUGUCUACCAAUACAAGCUUACUCAAAAUGUCCUAUUAAUUCCACUUCAGAUAAAAUUGUGAGUCAUAGAGAACUUCAGUUCAUUUGUAAUUAGUAUAUCUUACUACAAAAAUAUCUUUAAGAUUUUUAAUGCUUUUUGUUAUACUUGAAAUAUUUCAUAAUAAAAAUGUUAAAAAGCUAUAUUCACCCUUAAAAAAGAACAAAAUCCUGUCAUAUGUUACAUGAGUGAGUUGUGAAGACAUUAAGUGAAAUAAGACG